AUGUCAGCGGAGUUUGAGGAAAUUUUUGACACUUACGACCAGUGUCGGGACUUUGACGUUGCGCUGGCGAAUGGCGUCUUGACGGUCGACAUGGCCGACCUUGGAACCUAUGUCAUCAACAAACAAACCCCCAACCAAGAGAUCUGGUUCUCCUCACCACUCAGUGUGCUCACUUCUGCGCACGACAACGAGUACCUGACACGCACCCGCUCGGCCUCACGCAGUGGUCCCAAACGCUUCAAGUACGACGAAGAUCUGCACGAAUGGCGGAGCCCCACAGAGACAUACCCCUUGCACGAACUUUUGCGCCGGGAGAUUUCCGAACUGCUUCAAACACCCGUCGACUUUAUCAAGCCCUCGCCCGAGUGGUAUUAG